AAUGAAGAAUAAAACAACGUUGUAUAUUUUUACUUUCUGUUUAAAAAAGAGAAAAGAAUUAUCGUAUUAUGAAAAUAUUUCAAUUUCAAUGUAAUUUAACAUUGUUCUUGAUAAGUGAAUCCAAUCCGCGAUUAUUGAUAUUUAGUACACGUGAACAUUACUAUGGAUACAGAUGUCCACAACAAAGAAUCAACCAGCGGUACUGAAUCGUUCAACAAAUUUUUAAAACAGAUCUUUCGAUAUGAUCGAUCGUUGUUUCAUUCAGAGAUUAAAAUUCUGUCAAUGCGUGGCUGUUCACUUCUCAACAAAAAAUACCUCGAAAAAGUUGAAUAUAGUAACAAUAUGACGUUAUGUUUCACCGCAUUACAACACGGUGCAUAGAACGUAUAUGAAGAGCGUUUAGACGAGUGCUUAUGUGUUUCAAUUAAAAGUAAUAUUUUGUAUCGAAUGUUUAAAGAAAAUUCAAUAAUGCAUGGGCUACGAGCCGAACACAACGUUAGUGGUCUCGGUACGAGCCGAUGGCUGGAGGCAUUUUGGGAACCAGGAGCCAAAUUAUAUACAUUGCCAAAUGGGGUUGAUAUGCUGGACGUUACCGGCAAUGGGGAUGCAAGGCUCGUUUGCGUCGAUUUGGGGACGCUUGCAGCUAAUUCUGCUAAAAUACGAGUUUACAAAGGUGGGGACCAAGUAACAGAGCACAACAUGGUGAACGCACCUUGCGGAUUAGUCGGUUUUUACACAGAAAACGGAGAACCUCGAUCAUCUGUUUUGGGUGUGGGUGUUGGUUCCAGUGUAUUCAUCUUCAAAAAUAUGAGACCAUACUUCAAGUACACCUUACCUUUCAUCGACGUGCAUCCAAAAGAACGAGAAAUAUGGCACAAGGCAGGAUUGGAUGAGGAAUUAAACAUACUAACGUUAGCUAACGAGUUGGACUUGUUGUUGAAAGAGCUUGGAGCAGGAUUCAUCUCCCCCCGAACUUUAAAGUUUCUAUCCAUGGAUCCAAAUUUAAGACCGAGCUUCGUGGAACAAUAUAAAAGAAUUCCUCUUAUAAAGAAUAACGCUUUGACCGCGAUUUCUGUGAUACGACGGGACUCGUGGACUAAUCCAGCCAGUGGGUGCCUUGUGCUGGGCACUGAAUUUGGAGAAGUUCUUGUCCUGGAUCCUCGAACGUUCUGCGUGAUGGACAAACACUUGUUAAAAUGGCCACCAGUCACCUUCGCUUGUACUGGUUUAUGGACCGGUGAUGGUAGGAUUUUAAUUGUUGGAAGAGAUGGUAAAAUAGGUGCGAUAAGAAGAGGUAGUCCUGUAAAUCUUUGGGAAAAAUUAUCAGCGCCUGCUGUGUCCAUUUCAACCCUCAGUAACGAUGGGGUUGUGGUUGCUGCUAUGGAUGGCACUCUGGUUGGCUUCUCCAGAAAGGGAAUUAAACUCUGGCGCGUCCGUGUUCCGGGUGCUAUUUUGGAUUCGGUGAGCUUACCAGUGCCCCAAAGCGGACUCUCUUUGCUCGCUGUUAGUACUGCUGGGUAUGGUAUUCGUGUGUACGAUGGGAAACACCAUGUGGAUACUCUAAAGAUUAUGGAACCGGUGUCUGCGAUGAGGUACGGUCGUAUGGGUCAGGAAGAACGGGCGAUGGCGAUGGUCACCGUAGGUGGUGGUCUUUGCGUAAAGAUUUUAAAACGAACCGCCGAUUUCAGUGUUCAUAAUACAAUGUCUAGCUCGGUAUUAAACGAUGGGUCUAAAUUUUUAAUACCAAAAAAGACGAGACUGUUCAUGGAGCAGACGGUUCGUGAAAGAUCAGAAGCCAAGAAAAUCCAUUCUACUUUUCAACAAGGUCUUCUCCGAUUGCGAUUAACAGUAGCGAACAAAGCGUUUGAGUCCUUAAACGAGGGUCAGGAUAUGGGUCCUCGUCCAAUCACUAUGGAGGCGACUGUUUUAGGAUUGGGUCCGGAUUAUCAAAUUCGCAUCUUGUUGACGAAUAUAUCCGACGAAUUGUCUGAUACGGAUUUGUAUAUCGUUUGCAGAAGUGAAAAUACCGACGUGAGACCACGAGUAAUGGAUGUACCUCUGUUACCCAGUGGUACUCCUAUUCCUUUAGUCGUUCGUGCACUUUUGAAGGAUAUAAUAUCAGGGAGAGUUGAGAUUCUACUUUGUAAGAAAUCAAAGACGAAUCCUGUAGCAGUGACGACUAUGGUUUUGCCAGCUGCAGAAGAGGAUAUUGAAGUUUAGUAUGUUUGCUGUGAAUUCAGGGUUGUACAGUGGUAUCUUCUAUAUGUAAUUUUUCAAAUAUUUUUUAAUAUAAUAUAAUUGAUUACUUGACCAAUAAUUUUUAUGUUUCUGUAACAAUACAAGAGGUAUAGGAAGGAUUGUUUAUAAGUUUCCUCUUUUUAUACAAAGCUUUCUUCUGAAAUGAUAACUACAAACUGUACAGUAAUCAUGACCAUUUAUUGAAUAUUAAAUGUUAAAUAUUAAAUGUUGAUAAAACGUGUUACAUAUUUAUGUCACAGUGUAUGUUGAAUAAUAUUCUAUUGAGAGAUAUUUAUUUAAAAUAUCGCGGUACCACUUACUUACAUUGAACUGCCGGUAAAAUCACCAUCUCUUGUAUCCACUCCACCCUUUCCUAUUUAUGUGCAGUCUACUACAUGACUACAGCUGAUCGAAGGAAACCCAUAUAUGUAAACUGUUCGGCUAAAUACGCAAACAUUGCGGACUAGUCGCGGUUAUUUUUUGCCUGUGCAAAAUGUACAGUUAACACAACAUGUAGAAAAUGAUAGACAAUUAAUGAGAAGUGAAUGGAGGCAUCAGAUCAAAAGGAGUUUUCGUUUUUUUUGUGAUGUCAAAAAAAAUUAUCAUGCUUCCAAUGUUAUUUCGCAAGGCGAUAUCUUAUGAUCCUCCAGUUACAUGUUUUUUUAAUAUUGCUUCUCUUUCCAGCCAGGGAAUGUACUAUGCCGGAAGCAAGCCAAGAAGAAUUAUUACAUUCAUUCAAAAGUUAUUCGGAUAUUGCAAUGUUUCAUUAUACGGUUCCAAAAGAGGUACUUAGAGCUACUUGGCAGUUUGCAGCAUUUAUGGAUAGGCAAGAUUGCCCGCAAAGAAAAGUGCAUAUAUAUUUACAAUGGGGCAGUUACCCUGUGAUAUCUGUAAAUAAUGAUACAUUUCCUAAUAAUAUAUAUCCCAAGCGUAAUCAUACAGUUGUAGUUUCUGCAGUUACAACAUUUGAACCAAAAACUACUGCAAUUGUACCAGUUUAUGGACCAGAAGCUGGAGAUUGGUUUGUUGGGACAUAUUUGUCUCAUUGGGAUGAAAAAGUUUAACAGCAGGGGCUUGGUCAUAAAUGCCAUUAUAGUAUAGGUUCUGUAGUUAUAUGAACACAGACCAACAGUAUUGAAAAUAUACCUAUUGGUUACUAAUAUACAUUAAAAACAAAAGAAACUACUUCCUAUUACAAAAUAUAUAUUCCAUCAGGGACAUGGAAUUUUCGUGUACAUAUUUGGGGUUGUAAUUUUACUGUGCAUACUUCUCGUGGCAUCCACGAAACUUGCAUUAAAAAUAUGGCGUUGCAAGGACGCUCUUUACCUGUUUUCAAUCAUUCUGAACAAAAUGAAAUUGGAAAUUUUACUAUGUUAGAUUCAUAUGCCUUUACAGAAUCUUCUCCUUAUGAAGAUAGUUAUUAUUAUUUGAUGAUUAUUUCGGACAGCAUAAUUAAAAUAAAUGUAAAAGUUGUCACUUCAGAAUGUCCAAUUAGAAUAACAGAAAAGUCUUUUGUAAGACAGUAUUUAGAUGCACCUUCAUUUUCUAAAGCAUUAGCUCAAUUGCAUAUGAAGGAUUUAACAAAACAUUUACAUCAUGAUGAAAUCAGAUAUAAUAAAUCAUACAGUGGUGUUGAUCUUAUGAGAAAUGAAUUUCGUGUAUCAGAUGAAGAUUUAGAUACACAAUUCAUUGGUAGAUAUUAGUGGUACACUUGAGAUAAGUGUACAUUUGGAAAUGGAUAAGAUUGCAACAAGGCAGUUGGUUAAAGUUAUACUCUGCAUCCGAGGUGGACGCGUUCCAGAUAGAUUUAUAGGUAAUAUCGUAUGCGAAGAUCCAAGGAUGUUAAUGAAUUUAUCUUCAUUUGAGAAACACGAUGCAAGUUUGUUAAUACCGUAUCCACAGCCAGAUACUUGGUAUAUUGCUUUACAUGCAUCAUGUCAUUUUAAUGGUAAACCUGUAAGCUGUGAAAUGGAAGAGAUUUUCGUAUCAUUGGAUAUACGAACUAGGCAAUGCGUGUUUUCCGGAAAUUAUCCAUGCAGUCAUCAUGGCAUUUGUCAAGAAGUCCAUAGAGAUAUUCUUUAUUAUACAACGUGCAAAUGUUUUGAAGGAUAUAGAGGAUGGGGCUGCACUGACGCUACUAGUGCCAAUCAGUGCCAAUUCAGAGUCUUCUCUUCUUAUAACUACAAUGAUGCUCACUUUAAGUAAUGGUUUUUUCAUACCCGCUAUAUAUGUAGCUAUGAAGCGCGGAUUAUAUACCGAAGGAUUAGUCUAUUUGGCCACUAUGCUUUUUUCGUCUCUAUACCAUGCUUGUGAUCAACAUGUUAUGACUUAUUGUGUUGCUAAAUAUGAAGUUCUACAAUACAGUGACUUUUUUUCAAGUAUAUUAGCAUUUUGGGUAACACUUGUUGCAAUGGCUUAAAUACCGACUCGGUUUGUAUCAUUGUGCCAUAUGUUUGGAGUUCUUAUAAUAGCUUUUGGAGUGGAAUCCAACAAGACAGGUCUAACGAGUAUACUGGUACCUCUAGGAAUGGGCUUUAUGAAAAUUUGAAAUAAACGAAUGGUUGAGGCAGGCCAUGUGCGUUCUGUCAGCGCGUUAAAAAUGUAAUCCAAUUAUAAGGUAAAAUAUAAUUGUUUUCCAAGCAGCA